GAAGCCCUGCCCUGUCAUUGAACAUACCUGGCUCACUCAGGUCAACGGGAGCAACGGGUGCUCACGCCAAGUCACUGGACACAACAACAAAACAACAUUAAAUUCAUCAUGGCGGAUGUAAACGAAGAGGAAGGGCGGGAUGCUAAAAGGGAAAACGGCGAAUUAGGGAAAAGGGAGGCAUUGAAAUUGAUGAAAAGGAGAAAUUUGAUGCUCAAGAAUGAAGAAAGAUUGACUUUAAGUAGAAUUAAAGGGAUUUUGCGGAAAGAGACGCGCGAAAGAAGUGAAGAGGACAUUGAAUUCCUUGGCAGGUACUCAAAGAUAGCAAACGAAGUUUUGAAAAGGAAAGAAAAGAAACGAGUUUUAGAGGAAAGAUCUAAAGAGAAGGAAGAUAGCCCAGAGAUAUUGAGAAGAAAAUGUGCUGAGCUGGCCGAGGCAAUUAGAUGCGCAAAGCAUAUGGUUGUGUAUACUGGUGCUGGCAUAAGCACUGCUGCGUCAAUUCCUGAUUACAGAGGACCAGAUGGUGUAUGGACCAAGCUUUGCAAAGGAGAAGAUCUCACCUUUCAUAGCUUCUGUGAUGCCGAGCCGACACUUACUCAUAUGAGUUUGGUUGCAUUAUACCAACAUGAAAGGGUUAAGCAUGUUGUUUCUCAGAAUUGUGAUGGUCUACAUGUUCGAAGUGGUUUACCAUCACCAGCCUUGUCAGAAGUACACGGAAACAUGUUUGCUGAGGUCUGCGAGGAAUGCGACCCACAAAGGGUCUACUGGAGACUUUUCGAUGUCACAGAAAAUACUGGUCUAAGAAGGCACUACACAAAUCGCACCUGUCACUAUUGUUGUAAUAAAUUAUCGGACACUAUCGUACAUUUUGGAGAAAAGAGAGAGCUCUUCUUUCCGCAGAAUUGGAAAGCGGCUUUUGAUCAUGCUAAAAUGGCAGAUGCAAUUUUGUGUCUUGGGUCGAGUCUAAAAGUUUUAAAAAGCUAUCGUGGACUCUGGGGAAUGAACAGAGUUAAACUGAAACGUCCUGACCUUUAUAUCGUUAAUCUCCAGUGGACUCCGAAGGACAACCUUGCGUCUCUUAAAAUACACGGAAAAGUGGACGAGGUUAUGAAACUUGUCAUGAGUCAACUAAGUUAUUCAAUUCCUAAAUACAACAGGCAAAAUGACCCGUUGUUCAGAAUACACGUUCCCCUUACACGUUAUGAAUCUGAUACACAUAAGACAAAACUGCUUACAUUGAAGAAAGAUGAAUGCAACUCAAAAGUAAAGGAAGAACAAAAGACAAAUGACUAUGCUCCAACAGUGCAAUCUUCAAUAUCAAAAAGCAACUGUAUUUUCAGUUCACUUUUAAAUGAGCAAGUAAAAGAAGAGGCAGACGCUGUUUUAAAAAAUGUUGUGCAAACCAACCAUAAAACGGCAACCGUUCGGCCGGGUUGGUUUGGGAAAGGACUUGGGAAAGUGAAGAAAAGAAAAAGGAAGUGAUGAAUGCAGGUCGAUUGAAAUGGCCCAGUUUCUGUGCAAGUCUAGUCUUUGCUUAAAAAAUUCUUGGAGCCCUGAUUUUUGCCUCAGAUUUUUCAAUUCUAACCUGAGACCCCUAAACCUAAGAGUAUUCCAAUCUUUGGAUACGUUGAUUUACAUUUUGGCUGCAUUAAGAAUGUGAAUAGUUAUUAAAAUCUACUUGCAUGGCCACUGUUUUAGAAUAGAAUACAGCCUUGUUAUA